GGAUAGAGCUAGCAGAAGGUGCCAGCGUGCCAGUUGCCUGUCUCGGUAGAAUUCUCGAGUAAGGUUUCAAUCGGGUACGGACGCCUCAUACACCAGACCAGCCUAGAAGCACUCUAUUCUUUGCUCUCCAUUCGAUAUUAUCAUCAAGAAGCGCAUUCGAGCUGGAUCUAGAGUGAUUAGGACCACAUCAACAUGUUCAAAUCCGUAACAAUACGGAGCAUCUCCCGAAAGAGGGACCUUCCGUCGGCAUGGCUUCCGACGACCCAAUAUCGGCAUCGUAAUGCUCUUGACUUCGACCGUGUUCGGAUGUUCAGCAAUACUCCUGAACGAAGAGCUCAACCUGAUACUCUGGACAAACAUGACGAGGACGUACAGCGGAUUCUCAGGGAGUACGGAGUCGACCCGGAUGAUGUAGGGGAUGCCAAGCUGGAAGAGAAGAAGAAGAAGAAGAAGAGGGAGAGGAAGGUCGAGGAUUUCGAGGCUUGGAAAGAGUGGGAUGGGAUGGUAGAUCGGAAAGAGGAGAAGAGGUUGGAGGGCGUGGUAGGACCUGGAGUAGAUACGGGGAUGGGCGGCAAGAUUGGACAAGAUGGUACAGGAAAGGAAGAGGGUACUUCCGGCCCGUCCACAACGUCAACAUCGAAUUUGACAACAAGCUCCGGCUCGGCACCGCUGCUCAUAAGGCCAUUACCUACAAGUCCCACUUCAAACGCCACCUCAUCCUCAUCCUCAUCCUCUUCCACUGCUGGUCUCACUCGCCCGCAAGCCGAAAAACUCCAAGCCCGUCUGAACGACCAUAUCAAGACCCUUCGAACGGAAGCCGAUGCUCUGCGCAAGACCUUGUCUGUCCGGACAGAAGUCUUGCGACAGAGAGCUUCUGAGCGGGCUAAAGCUUUGGAACAGGAGGCGAGGGUGCAGUUUGGGUUGUUGGGAGGACGGGUUAAUGAGUUGACGGGGUAUAAUGAAGUUGAGAGGUUGAAGCGGGAGGUUACGGAACGAGAGGACGAUAUUUCGAGGCUGAGGACGAUAGCGCGGGAAGCCAAGCUGGCCUACGAUGAAGCCGUCAACACCCGGACGGAAUCUCAACGAGAAGUCAACUCGCUGCUCGAGCGUAAACACGCUUGGAGCGAUUCGGACGUGAUCAAGUUCACCUCGCUCGUCCGGGCCGACCACCUUUCCAACGCCAGUGUGCAGACGACCAAGACCGCUCUGGUCCAAGCCGAGGCGGAUGUGGAAAAGGCUUUUGAUGGGUUGAUGAAAUCGAUCUUGCAUCGGUACCACGAGGAACAGGUCUGGAGCGACAAGAUCCGGAGCGUGAGCACGUAUGGGAGCUUGAUCGUGCUCGUCGUGAACCUGGUGGUCUUUUUGGGAGCGAUCGCCGUCGUCGAACCGUGGAAACGCAGGAGACUGGUGAAAGGGCUGGAGGAGAGGGUCAAGGGGAUGAUGGAAACGGUCGAGGGCAAGGUGGAACACGAGAUGGGCGCUGUCAAAGAGAUGUUGCAUGGGGUGCAUACGGCUCUGGCGGCCUUGUCGACAGGUGACGGAGGACAGAUGAGCGAAGCGUUGGCUAUUCCAGCAGCCCAGCUUGCAGACACGGAAAUUGUCGAGACUGAGGCCCCAGGCCAGAACCUCCGCGAAGCAAACCUGGCUCUUGACGUACCGGAAACAGCCGGUAUCGUACCAAGAUCGUUCGUCUAUACCAUCUCCGAACAGGUCGCUCGAGUCUCUCCUCGGUCCAGCGACUACUUACUACAUUUGGAUCAUCGAAAGAUCGAGACAGCGGUCGUUGGGACGGCGGGGAUCUUGUUGGGCGCGGGAUGCAUGGGGUUGAUAGCAUGGUUACGUUGAGCAUCAUCUUGUACAAAUGGAGUAUAACGCAUGGAUAUGCAAGCUAGAUACGGACGUGUUCAU